AUCGUUUUCAGUCUCUUGAAACGGUUUAUAUAACCCUCCCUCCCUCUCUCCAAAAACCACUGUUUUGUUCAGAAUCUCUGCCUCAAAACAUGUAACUACGGAAGGCAUCAACUAUUUCUGAGUCUGAAAUCUGUUACUCCAAACAAACGGUAUCUAUUAGCUAAACAGUUCAGAAGCAGUUUUUAACAAUUAAUCACUUUUUUCUGCCACGUAAAUAAUUGAAUUUUCAAUGCCAACUUCUCAAGAAAAAUCAAAUUCAGCUGGUAAUCAUUUAUACCAAAACCAGCUUGUGAAACAAACUGAUUCAUUCAACAGUCAUUACAAAAUAUUACAAACCAAUUCGUCAUGUCUUGGUAGUAGUAGUAAUAGUCAUGGAACCAAUGUUUCUUAUGGAACAAGCAACAAGGAGAAAAAAUUCUUUACCUUGGAAUCAUCUCAACAAAAUGCGGAUUUCGUAGCUUUUGAUUCUCCUUCAUCCGCUAGCGUUUCGUCCAAUAUCAGAAGUCCUUUUUCUCCGCAACUUUCGCGUCAUUACGCCUCUGACAACAACUCGCCGAUAAGUGCUUACUCUAGUGCUGCUGUCGAUGAUGAUAGCUCUGAGUUGAAAAAGAAACUCAGAGAAUUGGAGAUUUCGUUGUUAGGUCCCGAGUCGGAUAUUGUCAACAGCUGUCAGAGCUUCUCGAAUGGUGCUUCUCGAUAUAAUUGGGCUGUGAUUCAAGAAAUGAUUCCGAAGUUGGAUUUAAAGGAAAUACUAAUUAUAUGCGCGCAGGCUGUUUCGGAUGAUGAUAUUGAAACUGCAUUGGGAUUCAUGAACAAUGUGUUGGGAAAGAUGGUUUCGGUCUACGGUGAACCGAAUCAAAGAUUAGGUGCUUACAUGUUAGAAGGCUUAAGAGCGAGGUUGGAAUCAUCGGGGAGUGUGAUUUAUAAAUCGUUGAAGUGCGAAGAACCAACGAGCAAAGAAUUGAUGAGUUAUAUGCAUGUAUUCUAUCAGGUUUGCCCUUAUUGGAAGUUUGCUUACUUAUCUUCCAAUGUUGCCAUUUGCGAGGCGAUGCAAAAUGAGUCAAGAAUUCACAUAAUCGACUUCCAAAUCGCGCAGGGUACACAGUGGAUGUCACUCAUGGAGGCUCUCUCGCGUAGACCGGGCAGGCCUCCUUUUAUUCGUGUAACAGGCAUCGAUGAUUCUCUAUCGCUUCACGCUAGAGGCGGAGGACUUCAUAUCGUAGGAGAAAAGCUAAGGGAUUACGCUAAAACUUGUGGCAUUCCGUUUGAGUUCAAUAGUGUUGCUAUGUUCGGAUGCGAGGUUCAGCUAAAAGAUUUCGUACUUCAAAAUGGCGAAGCGCUGGCUGUGAAUUUUCCUUUUAGUUUGCAUCACAUGCCGGACGAGAGCGUGAGCACGGAGAAUCAUAGAGACCGGCUUUUGAGAUUGGUUAAGAGUUUGUCGCCUAAGGUAGUGUUACUUGUGGAGCAAGAAUCAAACACAAACACUUCAACAUUUUUUCAAAGGUUUGUUGAGACUAUGAAUUAUUAUUCUGCUAUAUUUGAAUCAAUUGAUGUGGCUCUCCCUAGAGAUGAUAAGACAAGGAUCAGCCUAGAACAGCACUGCAUCGCACGAGAUAUCGUUAACAUGAUAGCUUGUGAGGGGGGUGAGAGAGUGGAGAGACAUGAGCUGUUUGGAAAGUGGAAGGCAAGAUUAUCAAUGGCGGGUUUUGUGCCGUUACCGUUGAGUCCAUCGGUGACGGCUUCGGUUACAAAUCUGUUGAGGGAGUUCAAUGAGAAUUAUAGGAUUGAACAAACGGAUGUUGCUCUCUAUUUAGCAUGGAAGAGUAGAGCUUUGGCCACAUUUUCUGCUUGGAAACCCAAGCUAGGUGAGGAUUCUUCACUCAUAAUAGAGAAAUCGUGAUAAAGAAUUCGGAAGAGGAAAUUUUGUUAGAUAUCAAAAUAGAGGUGAAAUCAUAAGACUUAUAGAUUAUAAGUGGUUGAAUGGGGUGAAUUGAGCGGUCUAAAACAAAGAUUUGUCAGACUAUCUUUGUUUUAGGCCGACUUGACUCGCGAUCGUAGGUAGUGGAUAUUUCUUAUUAGUUUUUAUUUUUUUAGAUGUUUAGCAACUAAACUUCUUGAUAGGACUUGAGAUUUAUCUAUCUUUCAAACUUGUUAUACAUGACAAUACUAGAAUGAGAGCAAAAGAAACCUUAGUCAAAGUUUCCAAAGUGUCUCUUUUUGUAGUCGUAGAGAUUAAUAAAGGAAAGGGAAAAAA